AUGACGACGAAUCGAGUUAUGACUUUGACGUGCAUCCAAUUACGUUAUCCACAUUCGCAACAUGGUGUACGAAGUUUUCUACAGAAACUUUUCCAUCCAACGAAAAUUUCAUUCGCCAAUCAAGAAAUUACGUCGACGAAUCAUGAAGCAUUGAAUAUGAAUUAUAUCAAUGAAACAGCUUAUCCAAUUGUCAGUCCAUUACCUGUCACACAAGGUCCAAUUCGUUUGUUCAUAUUGCGACAUGCCGAACGACUUGAUUGUUAUUACUCGUCACAAUGGGUACGACAAGCAUUUGACAAAGAUGACAAGUUCUGUCGAUUUUCACCGAUUCUACCAGAGACGAUUCCAUCGCGUACUUCGAUAUGUGAUUUUGUUGCUGAUCCGCCGCUUACUUUGCAAGGACUGAAAGAUGCUUAUCGGACGGGUAUCAUUUUACGAGAGAAGAAUAUCGAUAUUCAUUAUUGUUAUUCAUCGCCAUCAUUGCGAUGUAUUCAAACAGCAACAAAACUACUCGAAGGAUUACAUUCGAAUCAUAAAUUGAAAAUCAGGAUUGAACCUGGUCUAUUUGAAUACACAACAUGGUAUGCGAAUGAUGAGACUACGGAUAGUUUAGAAAUGCCUCGGUUCUUAACAAAAAAGGAACUUCUCGAAAACCAAUAUUCCAUAGAUAAGAAUUAUCACGAACAAAUGUCGAUUUCGGAAAUAUCUCGAUCAGAAACCGAAUCCGAUUAUUACGAACGAAGUCACCGAGUGACGACAGCAAUCUUGAAACAACACGAGAAUGAUUUAAUUACGCAGGUUCAACAAGGACAAACAUCUACACACGAUCACUUGCACGUUUUAUUCAUCGCUCAUGCUCCAACACUGGAAACAUGUACUCGAAAAUUAUGCGGUGGGAAAUUUCGUUCGGAUCGACUCAGUUCGAUUUCUCGUCAUAUUGAUUUUCUAUCGAUGACUGUCAUAGAGAAAAAAGAUAACAACUGUGAUCGAUGGAUGUUUCGACGAAGUUCGAUUUUCAAAGAAAAUACUUAA